CUAACAGGAAGUCGUCCAUAAAUCGCCUUCGACAUGGAUCAACAGACUCCAACACGGUAUUCUGAUGUCGCUGAGUGAAAACUAGAAUCUUCUUGGUGGCAGGGGGUCUCAUCAGACAUCAAGGGAUGCCUUUCUGGACGAGAAAGGAAAUUCUUGAACGGUCUCUGAGAUUUAGCGCUGACUUCGGUUGCUCCAAUGGGCAAGUGUCAAUCUUGCUGUGAGGCAAAAGGACCGACAUCCGGUUCAAGGUACCACAAUCCCUCGGAUUACAGAGCCAGGGGAACAGCGCGAUCCAUCAGCAAAGAAUCCGAGUCCACCAGCACCAGUGUACCAAUGAUGACCUCGUCUCGCUCAGUGCCGGUCGCAUCAGACCGAAAAAUCUUUACACCUUAUCCGAAACUGCCUCCAAUUAAGAAGCCCAGCUUAAAUGGAGAAAGCAAACGUUUAUCUUUCAUUUCCCGUGAUUUUUCAGAAUCAAAAGUGCAUGCUUUGUUUGAACAAUACAAAGACGCAGACGAUGAUGCAAUCUUGGCGGAAGGUGUCGAAAAAUUCUGUUGUGAUCUGGAGGUGAAUCCUGACGAUUUUAUUGUUCUGGUGCUAGCGUGGAAAUUCCAAGCCGAAAUGAUGUGCAGAUUUACGCGGGAGGAAUUUCUACAUGGUUGUAAAUCCCUUAAGGUUGAUUCCAUCAAAGGAAUUCAAUCCAAAUUCACAGAGUUGUUAACCGAAGUGCAAAACAAACAGACCUUCAAGGAUCUUUAUCGAUGGACGUACAAGUUUGGUCUGGACGUUGAGACAGGACAGAGGACUUUACCGAUUGAUAUGGCCCUCAGUCUCUGGAAACUUGUGUUCUCUCAGAAUGAACCAAAACUUCUCAGUCGAUGGCUCGAGUUUCUGGAGGAUCAUCCGAGCAUCCGAGGAAUACCAAGGGACACCUGGGAUAUGUAUCUCAAUUUUACAGAACAGGUUUCCAAUGACCUAAGUGCAUAUGAUGAUACGGAGGCUUGGCCUAGCUUGUUUGAUGAUUUUGUAGAGUAUGAAAAUGAUAGGCAGAAUCAAAAUGUGAAAAUGAUGUAAGUUCACAAACAAAGAAGUAUGGUCCCUUUGUCCCAAAAUUUUUUUUUCAUCUGUUUUAUUUUUAAUUUCAUAGUUUGUUCAUGAAAUGAACACCUAUACAAUCUAGAUUUUUAGAUUAGUUAGUUAGUAAAUGUAGUACCAUGGUACAUACAGAUAUUGCUCUGUUUGUUCCGAUAGCCUAAACACGAACAUUUGCAAGGGCAGACACUUUUAGUGUUUGUGUCAUUUUUCUCAGAGAGAAACAAAAGAAUUGAUUUUUUUUGGUUAUUGAAUACCUUGAAUGUGUAGAAAACAUGAGUGGCAUUCAGCGUUCAAGAUUAUUGUUCACAUUUGCUAUUAUCUUUCAUUUGAGCAGGAGCUUAAACUCCAUUGUUUCUGGAUGUGAAAUCAAAAUUUCACUCAAGAUAAAGGAAGCAUCAACAGUGUGUUGAUAAUUCAGUUGAAAUAUGUUGAAGGUAGCCAUUUUGUAUAGAUUUAUAUACAUGCCUAUCUUUUGCAUUCAGUCUGGCAUUGAGGUUUGAUAUAUAUGUAUAGACAAUACUUUUGGAACAUGAUGCCUUUUUGUUUGUUCAUAUAGUCAAAAAAUGAUUUCACUGCCAUUUUGACAAAACAACAAGCAGGGAGAAAAAAAGCCAUAUUCUUAUUUGAGAAUUUAACAACUGAGUUUUUAACCUCAUUGAAUCUCAUUGUGUCUUAUCAUAACUCUCUCUCUCUCUCUCUCUCUCUCUCUCUCUCUCUCUCUCUCUCUCUGCAUUAUUUAUUUUUUUCGGAAAACAUUUGAAAUAGAUUUUGAUUAAGAAGUGCGAAGAAAUAUGAGUUUCAUUUUUCAUUUGUAUGCAACAGUUAUUUGGAUGUAUACUGUACAUGUAAUUUCAUUUUUAUCAUCACACACAUAUUUUGUCAGUUACCAUGGUUACUGUAGUUGAUUACAUUGUUAACUUUAUGCACUUUGUACAUCCAUAAGUUGCAUCUCCCCCUGUGCUUAAUAUAUUUGAAUUGGACUCCCCUUCCAAUGUUAUGAUUCUGCUAAGAUUCAGCUUUUUCUCUCUCCAGUGUUGUCUCUAAAAAUUGAAGUAGAAGGAAGAAACAAAAAAGUAGAAGGGGGGUCUGGGGGUCUUACUUAUAAAUAGCUAUACAUUGUGUUGAAAUGCAAUGAAAGUCGAGUAAUUAAAGCAUUAUAGGCGGGGGAAUUCCCCGUCUCCCGGGUCUUAGAGACAACCCUGUCUCUCUCCCCCCCCCCCCCCCCCCUUGUCCCCCCAAAUCUAAAUCUUUGUUUGUUGCCUUGACCCUCCCCCUUCCCAGUUUAUGACCAAAAAGAUGCAUGUAGUUGUCAGACUUUUUUCAGUGCACUAGUUUUGGAGUGAAUUGCACCACCACUAUGAUGUAACUGUGCCAGCUCUUUGUGAUUGACUCUGAACAUUGUUAUUGAUUUGUGGAUUCAAAGAACUGAAGUAAUGGAGAGUAGACAGCUUUAACUAGGGCCCUAGAUCACAGAAAUAUUGAAACAGGUUUCCAUGAAACAAAUAUCACCUAGUUUCUAGUUAUGUGGGAAGUUUAACAGAUUUAAAAGAAAAAAAAAAUCAUUGUCUGUGUAUGGAUUGGGAUUUUUUUUUUUUUUAAAAACAAAUUAUGAAUCUAGGGGGAAAAAUCAAUGCAAUGGUAAAUUAUGUUUUGGAUGUUGAUGUUCAAGGUUAACUUGUUUUGUUUUUUGUGCAUUCUUUGAUAAAAGUCUUAGGAAAAUGGAAAGCUGAGAAAAUGCUUUUGUCGGGAUUAAAAGUAUAAGAUUCAUAAAUGGAGGUAUUGAUAGUGCUAUAUUGCAAUUGUAAACAAUAUCUCUUUCCUCUAGGGCUUUGUACAAACUUGUCUCAACUCUUUGGAGAAGGAAAUAAAAUAUGCUUUGGAAAGAUGCUGGUUGAAGAUAACUUGGAGGACAUUGUUUCAAAAUUUUCCACAUGUUUAAAACACUGUUACAUAUAUAGGGAUGGUAUCUGAUGUACGGUACAUGUUCUGGGUAAAUUGUAACGGUUAUUUUUAGAAUUACUCCAAGGGGUUUUUUAAGAGGCCGGGUUACAUGUAUUUUCAGAAAAAAAGGAAGGAUACAAAUAGUUAAUGACAUUCAAGGGGAAAAUUGUCACAUUACAUAACCGAGGAUAAAGAAUCCAUGUUUGCUCAUUUGUACAAGCACAUGCAUGUUUUUGUUGUAGAUUUUUUGUUCAUGCACAUGUAGGGUUUCUGGUUUUCCCUCAGUAUUUUGAGAAAUUUUAUAAGGAAAUUGAGGGGAAAAAGCAAUCUAAAAUCCGCUCAAAGUAGAUCGCUACACAAAGAUCUAGCGAGCUGUGUCAAUUAAGGGCUUAUCAUGCAGGCUUACUAAGAAAUUAUUAUGUUAUGUUAUUAAUCAGGAUCAUAAAUGAAGCAUUAAUUUUCCUUGUCUUUUUUUGAAUGAGUAUACUCGCUAUACUGCAGGUGUAUGUAUU